CUGUCUUCUUGGCAACAGAAUCCGUGUUGUUAAACGUUGCUAGGGAAGUCACGGAGCUAAUUUUAAAAUUGAUGCUCUGACGUUGGCUGUUCACCGAAGGUGUUCCGACAGCCAUGACAACGGUCUAUCCCGCUCACCGAAGCUUGUUCGAGACAUGAAGGAAGGAUGACUGAGAAUGGAGAGGACUGUACUCUCAACCGCCCCGGUGAAGCGCCCGGUAAAGGAGACCACGGCGAAAGCCAGACCCCCAAAACCCCCUUAGCCGGCGUAAGAUCUGCCAAGAAGAACAGCGAUGCAGGACACGCAGACGGGGAGAUCCCCGUGUACCUGCCUCACCCACCCUCCCUCCCCAGGCGCUCGCCUUUUGGUAAAAGCGUGUCGGCGGAGGAGACCGCGAGGACCUGGAGGCUGAGAAGCAGCCAGGAGAGCCUGAGCGACCGAGCAGAGACGGGCUCCUCCACGGACUCUCUCAGGGAGGACAGAGCGUCGCCGAGGAGCGAGCGGGACUCCGGCGCGGCACGCCUCCCUGCGUUCACGGUGGGAUCCCCCGUCUUCCAGGACAGGAAGAGCCGGCUGUCGGAGCUCAGGAGGAGGCCGCGCAGCCAGCAGAGCGUCCCGGAAGACGGGCGGGGGAGAUCCGCCGGGGCGCGGCUGUCCCCCGUGCAGCCCACGGGGCCGCUGCCAGCCCUGGACAAGGACUUUGCGUCGGCCACUUUAAGGGCCGCUAAUAGGAUUGACAGGGAUUGUUUGGAUUAUGGCGUGCCGGCGGGAGAGAAGGGUGGCGAGAGACUCCACAGGAACCUGAGCGACAGCCGGCUUCUGGAGAACAUGGGGUCGGACAGCGCCUCCGUGAACUCCAUGAGGUCCGUCUACAGUGUCCUAAGCCCCAUCAGACCCCAGGAUGUAAGGAACAGGAGUUUCCUGGAGGGCAGCGUGCUGGGAAGCGGGGCCUUGCUGGGGGCCGAGGAGCUGGACCGCCACUUCCCCGACAGAAGAGUGGGCGUCUACGUGGUGACGUGGAACAUGCAGGGAGAGAAGUUCCUCCCAGCCAACCUGGACGAUCUCCUUCUUCCCACGGACUCUGAAUUUGCACAAGAUUUUUAUGUGGUCGGGGUCCAGGAGGGCUGCCCUGACAGAAGGGAGUGGGAGACGUGUCUGCAGGAAACUCUGGGACCUCACUAUGUCAUGCUAUACGCUGCGUCACACGGCGUUCUCUACCUUACUGUAUUUAUUAGGAGAGACCUCAUGUGGUUCUGCUCAGAGGUGGAACAUGCCACAGUCACGACCCGAAUCAUUUCACAGAUCAAGACUAAAGGCGCUGUGGGGGUCACCUUUACCUUUUUUGGAACUUCCUUCCUCUUCAUAACGUCCCACUUUACAUCUGGAGACAGCAAAGUUUACGAGAGAGUACUGGAUUACAACAAGAUCAUCGAGGCUUUGGCUCUUCCCAAAAGCCUUCCAGACACCAACCCUUAUCGCUCCUCACCAUCUGACGUCACCACCAGGUUUGAUCAGGUCUUCUGGUUUGGUGAUUUUAAUUUCCGGCUCAGCAAACCCCGGGCUGACGUUGAAGCCAUAAUGAAGCGGGCCGCAGGCGGCGACAUGAGUCCUCUGUUGGAGCACGACCAGCUCUCCGAGCAGAUGAAGGACGGUUCCAUCUUCAAAGGUUUCCAAGAGGCGCCGGUACGCUUCCUCCCGACGUACAAGUUUGACAUCGGCUGCGAUGACUACGACACCACCUCUAAGCAGAGGACGCCUUCGUACACGGACCGGGUUCUGUUCAGGAGCAGGCAGGCCAACGACAUCCGGGUGCUGAAGUACGACAGCUGCUCCAGCAUAAAGAGUUCAGACCACAGACCCGUCGUCGCCGUCUUUCAAGUAAAACUCAGGCCGGGAAGAGACAAUAUUCCUCUGUGUGGAGGACUGUUCGACCGCAGUUUGUACUUGGAGGGCAUCAAGAGGAGGAUGACCGCCAGAGAGAUGAAGAGGAGGGAGGCCAUAUCCAGCCAAAGUAGCAGCACCAUCUGCGCCAUCUCCUGAACACCAUCGAUGAACUCUCCCCAGCUGGGACCGGACCAAAGUGAAAAACCAGCGUUGUCUUAACGUGCUGUCGGGCUCACGGCUGCUGCUGAGCGCGGGGACCUUAAGGUCAGACGGAUAAGAGGUUUGCAGACAUCAGCAGGCUGGCCUUUUAUUUAUUUAGCCUUCUUUACUCAAACAUGUCUGGGACAGAUAAAGUGAGUAACCGUUGUGGCUUACGCUGCAGUCGCAUGCUCAGACGUGGACUGCUUUAACCGUACAAACUCUGCAUCCUAAUUUCUUUUGUAUCUGCAGCAUCCUGAACCGUAAUAUUCCAUUUUUAACGAUUUAACGAUCAAACGCCUUGCGAGUCAUCACGGACCGAACCGAACUGUUGUGAAAAUGUUUGUUUAUUGUACUUUUUUUUUUGUCUUGGUCAGGCCAUUCCUGUUGAGGCUGGCGAAGUCUACAGAGCGUGACUAAGAGAAACGAGGGUACGACUUGUUUCCAUUUCAGGGAAAUUCUGUUAUUUAUAUGAUAAGUUUUAUUAAAUUUUUCUUCAGGGAUCUCGCCUCUAUAAAAAACAAAACAAAA